AUGUGUAUAUCAACUGAAAAGAAUAAUGAAACUAAUGAAAGUUCUGAACCUAAAGAAGAAGUUGAUGAAGACGCCGAAUUGAGAGUUUACAGUAUUCUCUCUUACUUCAUAGUACUUGUAGUUAUAGGCCUACCAGUAUGGUGGUACAGCACAAGAGUGUACAGAGCUAGUCUACCUUUGAACCAAAUGUAUGAAGUAGAACUCAAGAGUACAACAGACAGGGACUUUGGAAUACCUCUGAGCUUAGAAUAUGAUAUAUUGAUAUCAUUUGUGCACCCAGAUCCUGGAUUUUUAGAAAUACACCUCAGAGGUGAAGAUAUUGAACUGAAUCUUCAACCAUUCUUGAAUAAAAUCCGUCCCAUAGCAGAUUUUGUAGUGAAAAGUCAGUGGUUGUUCCAGACAGAGUUGGGUGCAGAACCUAGGAGGAUUCUGGACCAUAAUGUGUUGCUAGAAAAGCAGCUACCUCAUAUUAUAACACCUCUAGAAACAAAGUUAUGGUCACAUUUAUCACCUAGACCUAGCCUGAAUUUGGUUGUUUACUUCUCAAGGUGUGACUUACCACUCCACAUCUAUAAUAAUGAUCAUCACAUAGUAGAAAGUAAUGCAUUUCUGAGCCCAAGGUGGGGUGGUAUUUACAUAGUGAACCCUGAUAAGGAUUCUUGUCAAAGUAAUCAUUUUGAGCCUGAGCUGCAACCAAUUGUAUCAACUUUUGUUGCACAGCUCAAGUAUUUAUUCAAAAUUGAUAACAGUUCCAACAGUGAUGAUAUUUAUGAGCUCAAAAUGAGGAAGGCCCAAGACAUGUUGGAUUCAACACAUAGAACAUUGAGAUCUUUGGCCCAACUGCUGUCAGAAAUAAGCAGUAUUGUUAUAAGUGAUGAGGUUGGAGAGAAAAUCAAUGUGGCAGUAGAGAAUGCUGACCUGGCUGAGGGUUUUUUGAAAGGGGGCUUAGUGGAUGAAGGCUUGAAGCAUGCCAAAAUUGCAUUUUUGAAUUCUGAGGCUGCUUUUGGGGAUCCUUCUUUGUUGGCUUUGCUGUACUUCCCAGAAGAUCAAAAGUAUGCAGUUUAUAUUCCACUAUUUUUGCCCAUAAUGAUUCCUGUGUUCAUGUCCCUAGCAAUUGUUAGGAAAUGGAGGAAAGCUAAGAGAGAAAAGGCUGAUUAG